GUCUUACAAGUCUUCAAGUCAGUCAAUUAUACUGAGACUAUAUACAAUCUCAAAAAAAAAGGAUUUACAGUUCAUCUGAAUCCCUUUCAAAGAAGACAGAAAUGGCUGGAUCUUUCAUGGGACAAGAUUUUCUCUCCGCAUCUGUCCACGUGCUGUGUGAACAGACGGCGUCAAUGGAGUUGCGCGACUUAUUCUCCCAAAGGAAUCUUGACGACGAUUCACUCAACAGACUGGGGGGGAGCUGUCGACUCUUUGUGCAGUGCUCAACUAUGCAAAACAACAGCAAGUUACAAACCCUGCUGUGAGAGACUGGCUUGGAAAGCUUCGAGACGUCGUCUUUGAUGUGGAGGACCUACUGGGUGAGAUCACCAGUACUAGUAGUACUGCGCAAGUUUUACAACGACCAACCGAUGGAUUGACGACCAAGGUGUUGAACUUCCUCUCCACUUCUUUCAAUCUUUGUAAUAAUAAUCAAGGCGUGGAUUCUAGGAUUGAAGAGUUAUUACAAAUCUUAGAACAUCUUGCUAAACAGAAAGAUAGCUUGUUCGACGAAAUGGCGGAUCUUUGGGAUGAGAGACCUGCAAGCUCUUCACCCAACAAGGAAAUUUACGAGCCUAGACAGAAGAAAAAGGCUGCUUCAGCAGAAUUGACCUUUUUAUUCAUUAGCCUCUGCCUAGAGAUUUUGUCCAUUGCAUUUGAUCAGGCUUCCUCUCCAAGUAAGCCCCAUUAUGCAUUGUUUGGUAUGUUGCUGGCUAUUGUGGGGGUACUCAUUUCCGCCUUGGAGUUCAUUUACAAAGGUAUAAAAGGAAAAGUUGUACUGAUAAAGUUGGGAAAGCUGUGGUGGUUUUAUUAUCCUCCGCCUCCCUGUUACGAGCCUUUCGGUACCAUCAUUGAAAUUUAUGGAUUAGUCGGUGGCAUUGCUCAGUGUGUUUCGUCUAUAAUUCAAUAUGUCUACUUCUCUCAGCAUUUGGAUAGUCCUUUCAAAGUCUCCCUUUUGCCUGCCAUCCUUGUCCUAUGUUUGAUUACUUCAAGAUUAAGUGAAGAUCGAAUGCGGAUUAGAGAUGGGGCAGGUGGCAGGUCACUAUAAAAUUACAACAUCCAAUCUGGUUGAUUGAAUUAUUACACCAAUUUGUGCUUAUGUGCUUCUCCCAGAUCCCUUAAAAUGCUGGAAACUGAUGCAAUCAAUAGUACUGUCGAUUGGAGAAGGGGCAGGUGCCUGUAAAAUUUUCUUUUAGCAGUGGAGUUGGCUCAACCAAAAGACUCUCCCAACUGCGCGCAUGGUUUAUGCUUGAGCAAGCCAAUAAACUGGAUGUAUUGCUUUCAUUUCAUUUAUAUAUAUGCUUUCUAGA